AUGGUUGAGGAAGAUACACAAAAGAGAAGGAGAAUCGUCAUAAUCGGUGUCUCAACCUUUUUACUAGUGGCUAUGGUAGUUGCCGUUACCGUUGGUGUAAAUUUUGGUGCUAAUGAUUCAAAGGAUAACAACGGUAAUACUCAUAUGGCUUCAACCGUAAAAGCGGUGAAAAGUUUUUGUCAUCCAACAGAUUACAAAAAAGAAUGCGAGGAGAAUGUAAUAGCAAAUGCCGGAAACACAACGGAUUCAAGAGAGCUCAUUAAAAUUGCUUUCAAUGUCACCGUUACAAAAAUCAGCGAUGGAAUCAAGAAAACCAAUCUUUUGCAUGAGGUUGAGAAGGAACCAAGGGCAAAAAUGGCACUAGACACAUGCAAGCAAUUAAUGGAUCUUUCUAUUGGCGAAUUCGAUAGGUCAAUAGAGGGAAUAAAAAAUUUUGAUCUCAAUAAUUUAGAAAACAUUCUUGUGAAUUUAAAGGUUUGGUUAAGUGGUGCAAUUACAUACCAAGAAACUUGUUUAGAUGGUUUUGAGAAUACUACUAGUGAUGCUAGCAAGAAAAUGAAGAAUAUUUUAACAACUUCAAUGCAUAUGAGUAGCAAUGCACUUGCUGUCAUUUCAGAUUUGGCAGAUAAUGUUUUGGAUUUGAACGCGACAACAGAUGGACGUCGUCUUAUUGAUGAUUAUAAGGGCGAGUAUGUGGGUGAACAAGUUGUUGCUAAAGAUGAUGUUAAUGAUGUUCCUUCUUGGGUUGGUGAUGGUUUAAGUGUUGGUGUUCGAAGACUUCUUCAUGUAAAUCAACAUAAACUCAAGGCUAAUGUGGUUGUGGCUAAAGAUGGUAGUGGAAAGUUUAAGAAAAUCAAUGAUGCUUUGAAACAGGUUCCAAAGAAGAACCAAAAACCUUUUGUUAUUCAUAUCAAGGAGGGUGUUUAUCAUGAGUAUGUUGAAGUUACUAAGAAAAUGACUCAUGUUGUGUUUUUGGGUGAUGGUGGCAACAAGACAAGAAUUACUGGCAACAAAAAUUUUAUAGAUGGAAUUAACACUUACCAAACCCCCACUGUCGCUAUUGAAGGAGAUAACUUUGUAGCCAUCAAUAUAGGAUUCGAGAAUUCAGCUGGACCUCAAAAACAUCAAGCAGUAGCGAUAAGGGUCCAAGCAGACAAGGCAAUCUUUUACAAAUGUUCAAUGGACGGAUAUCAAGACACAUUAUAUGUACACACCAUGCGUCAAUUUUAUCGUGAUUGUACAAUUUCAGGCACCAUUGACUUCAUCUUUGGCGAUGCAAUAUCUGUUUUCCAAAACUGCACAUUCUUAGUUAAAAAACCAUUAGAAAACCAACAAUGCAUUGUAACUGCACAAGGUAGAAAAGAGAGACAUCAACCAUCAGGAAUAGUCAUUCAAAAUUGCCACAUUGUGGCCGAUACUCACAAUGUGAAAUUCGACAACAAAGCCUAUCUUGCGCGUCCAUGGAAGAAUUUCUCAAGGACUGUUUUCAUGAAAACUUACAUUGGAGAUUUGAUUCAGCCAGAUGGGUUUAUGCCAUGGCAAGGACCAAAUGGUACUGUUUCUGGCAUUGACACUUGUUUUUAUGCUGAGUAUAAUAAUAAAGGUCCUGGUUCGGAUAAAUCAAAGCGUGUAAAAUGGCCUGGGAUUAAGACACUUACAUCACAAUCUGCAAGUCACUUUUUACCAUCUAUGUUCUUUCAUGGAGAUGAUUGGAUUAAGGUUACUAAAAUUCCUUACUCUUCUGGAGAGAAAUCCACCAAGAAGUAA